UUUCCACCAAUCAGAACACACCACCGCAGUGCACGUCAGCUCUCGCGCAGGUCGUUCCGGAAGUGGGUAAUGAAUGAUUAGCUCGAGUCGUUAUUUUCUUCACUUUGUUAAGCUUUGAUAAUUAUAAUAAUCCGAUUUUCUACAAAUCACAAACACCAUAUUAUUUAUCCUCGACGUCCUUCAAACUCAUCAUGAGCUGCACGCAUCUGCUGCUGGUGGUGGUCAUCCUGGCUGUGGGCUCAGCUGCGGCCGUGGAGGUGCAGAGGCCUCGGGGAGUCCCGCUGUCCAGACGGCAUUUUUAUGAUGAGAACAGUGCAUUCACCUGUCUGGAUGGCUCCCGUACCAUUUCUUUUGACCGAGUGAAUGAUGACUACUGCGACUGUAAAGACGGCUCUGAUGAACCAGGCACUGCUGCUUGUCCCAAUGGGAGCUUCCACUGCACUAAUGCUGGCCACAGACCCACCUUCAUCCCUUCCUCACGAGUUAACGACGGCAUAUGUGACUGCUGUGACACCACUGAUGAGUACAACAGUGGAGCCAAAUGUGAAAACACCUGCAAGGAGAUGGGUCGAAAGGAGAAGGAGGUUCUGCAGAAGAUGGCUGAGCUCACCAAAGAAGGAUUCCUCCUCAAACAGCAGCUUAUUCAGGAAGCUAAGAAAACCCAACAAGAAAAACAGAGCAAAAUGACUGACCUGCAGAAGAGUAAGAUGGAGAUGGAGGAGAAAGUGGAGAAUAUGAGGACCAUUAAAGAGACAGCAGAACAGCCAGAGAAGGAAGCCAAGGAGCGCCAUCUUAAGGCCUGGGAGGAACAAAAAGCAGUGAUCCGUGCGGAGAAGGACAAAGCUAAAAUGGCAGAAGCUUUUCUUGAGCUGGAUGAUGAUGCGGAUGGAUUUGUUUCACUUGCCGAGCUGCAGACGCAUGCAGAGCUAGAUUCAGAUGCAGAUGGAACUUUUUCCGAGACUGAAGCUCAGGGGGUGCUAGGAGGAGUUAAUCAGGUAGACACAGCAGCUUUUGAAAGUGUGUGGAACAACAUUAAGGACAAGUACGUCUCAGAGUCUCAGCCUAAGGAGCCAGCGCCUGUGGAGCCUCCAACAGAAGAAAGCAAGGAGCCUGUGGUGGACAACGACUCUGAGCCGUACCCCGAUGAUGACGACAUUCCAGAAGAAGAGGAAGAGGAUGUAGAUGAGGAAGAUGAUUAUCCAGAGGAAGAACUUGAUAAGGCUCCUUCCAGUAUCAAGACUCCAGAGAAGAUAGAGGAAGAAGACACUAUGCCACCUUAUGAUGCUGAGACUCAAGCUUUGAUUGAUGUCGCUCAGAAAGCCAGAGAUGACUUUGACGAGUCGGAGCGAGCGAUGCGUGAAGUGGAAGAUCAGAUCAGGAACAUCGAGAAAGAACUUUCCUUUGAUUUCGGGCCCAGUGCUGAGUUUGCUUAUCUUUACAGCCAGUGCUACGAGCUCACCACUAGCGAGUAUAUCUACAAACUCUGUCCAUUUAACCGUGUUUCCCAGAAACCUAAGUACGGGGGCUCAGAGACCAAUCUGGGGACAUGGGGAACCUGGGCAGGGUCUGAAGACAAUAAGUACCUUGUGAUGAAGUAUGAGCAUGGCACAGGGUGCUGGCAGGGUCCUAACAGGUCCACUACAGUAAAGAUGACCUGUGGGAAAGAGACGGUGGUCACAUCCACCUCGGAGCCAAGCCGCUGUGAGUACCUGAUGGAGUUCACCACACCCGCUGUGUGCCAGGAGCCGGCCUCCAUCGACUCUGCCCUGCCUGACCAUGAUGAGUUUUAGUGCUACAGUGACUCCAUCGAUGGUGCCUGCAGCCCAUAUGGCCUCUAAUCCUGUCAUUGGCAUUCUGCUCGCAACGCUGCCUCCUCUAGCCUUUGCUCCUACACCUCCUUUCCCUCCUCCCGAAUCCUCUCAUCUCUUUAACAAUGCCUUUUUGACAUGGAAAAUAUGACAUUUGCUCAGCUGAAGGAUUUGGAUGCAGUAUGGACACAAAUGAUGGUGUCUGCUAACACUGUAGAAAAGGCCAACAAAAAAAUCAGAAAAAA